AUGGACUUUCCAAGCGUGGACAAUUCACUCUGGAACGCGUUUGAUCAGGACGGUGAUGCAAAACACAACAUCUCCAUCGCGGGUAAAAUUCUGCAUUUCCUUGAUCACGACGCUAUGGAUAUCGGACGAAGACUGGAAGAGAUUGCUUCUGGUACCUCGUCAGGAAUGAUUCAAUUCAUUGAUCUUUGGAUUAUGUAUCCACCCGGAACACUUAUUUUCGAACAACCAAGAAAUGCUGAGCUUUCCUGCUACAUGGUAGACUCAGCAACAUUCGAGAAACCAAGUCUCGAUGUGUACACUCAAAUGUCGACCUUGCCACCCUUGAAGUUACACUGCUGGGCAAUUGAUUAUGACGGUUAUUUUCCUGGAAGCCUUGAAAUCUCCAAGUUGCGCUACGUGCCCGAAAAGUUUCUCGAAGACGCAAUAAAGGUAAAGGCUAUUCUAAAGGCCAGAGGGCAAGCAUUCUGGGAGAUGCAAGGACCCAGCUUUCGCCAGGUUGCGAGCGACGCGCGCGCAGGAUCAACCAAAGACGAAUCCGAAAGGGUGGUGGUUGAUAGAAAAACUCACCGCAGCUUGUUUGGGGGAUGGUCUUUAUCUCCAGAUCAGUCGAAGUUGGAUCGCGGGGACAACGAUGAUGAUGACAACGACUCUGUUGGUGUUUAUAGCGACCAGGUUCUGUUUAAUGUUCCCGUCUCACGACGUAUCACAUCCGAGCCCAGAGUUUCAUCGACCUGGUACAGCGAGUAUGACGACAUUGAUCUAUUAGGGCAGCCGGACGAUUUAAUCCUGCUUCUAUGUCCGAAGAGAGUACAUGCCUUCUGCUUGCGGGACAAAUCUUGGAAAUGUGCGGCUGAAGCAUUCCAAAAGCCGUUGUACAUGGUGACAGCUGGAGAUCUGGGAACAGAUCCAGAGAAUCUUGAGAAGCUCUUGAAAAUAUUCGACUAUGCUGUUUCUUGGAAUGCUAUUUUAUUGUUGGAUGAGGCAGACAUUUUUCUACAGGACCGCGACUAUGAUAACCUACAGCGCAAUGCCUUGGUCUCCAUUUUCCUCCGCACUCUCGAAUAUUUUAAUGGAAUAAUGUUUCUCACUAUCAACCACGUUGGCGCCUUUGAUCAAGCCUUUCAGUCCCGCAUUCACAUCACAAUCGGGAUGCCAGAGUUCGAUGAGCAUCGUCGCAAGGAUGUCUGGAAGAUAUUGAUCCAAGAUUUAGGUCGGAAACGCAGCGACGGCUCCGCCAUCUUGACUCACGAUGAGUGUCGUGAGUUGGGCCGUGAGGUUGUCGAUUCUUGGGCUGCUCAGCCAUUGAAUGGACGGCAGAUCCGGAAUUGCGUACGGAGCGCACUAGCUCUUGCAGAGGAUAAAGGCGUCAAGCCAAAUGCUAGCCAUUUUAACACGGUGAUUAGGUUGGGUAAUGCCUUCACACAGUAUAUGAAGCAUCUCCGAAAAGUGGAGGAAGAUGAGAUUGCACAGAUCAAGGGCGAUCGGCUGGCAAAUAUGAAGGCCGUGUUGAUAGAUGGAAGUCAAAAACAGCAGGAGAAUGACAAUUGA